CCUCCCCCUCGGAGCGCGGCCCCGCGGCGCGGCCCCGGCGGCGGACCAUGGCGGGCGCGGGGGGCGCGGGCGGAGCGGCCCCGGUGCCGCUGCCCCCCUGGUACCACCGGGACCUGAGCCGGGCGGCGGCCGAGGAGCAGCUGGCGCGGGCCGGGCGGGACGGCAGCUUCCUGGUGCGGGACAGCGAGAGCGUGGCGGGGGCCUACGCGCUCUGCCUGCUGUUCCAGAAACACGUGCACACCUACCGCAUCCUGCCGGACGAGGAGGAUUUCCUGGCCGUGCAGACGUCGCAGGGGGUGCAGGUGCGGCGCUUCAAGACGCUCAGCGAGCUGAUUGCCCUGUACCUGCAGCCCAACCAGGGGCUGGUCUGCACCCUGCUCUUCCCUGUCGAGAGGGAGAAAGAGAAGGAGACCGUGGAGGACAGGGACUACUCUGAUGGAGAGGACGAGAAGCCGCCGUUGCCACCACGCUCCGGCUCCACCAGUUUCUCUGGCACCUCGGUGGGGCUCAGCCCCACUGGCCUGGGACCAUCUUUGCCAGAGGGGCCAGUGGAGAGCACCAAUGGGCUCAGCAGCAUCUCCCAUGAGUACCUGAAGGGCAGCUACACCCUGGACCUGGAGGCAGUGAAGGGAGGGGCCAACAGCCUCCCCCACCUCAACAAGACCCUCGUCACCUCCUGCAAACGGCUUCACAGUGAGGUGGACAAGGUGCUGGCAGGGCUGGAGAUCCUCUCCAAGGUGUUUGACCAGCAGAGCUCCCCCAUGGUCUCCAAGAUCCUGCAGCAGACUGCAGGGCAGAGCGGAGAGCAGGAGCUGGAGAACCUGGUGCUGAAACUCUCUGUGCUGAAAGAUUUCCUGUCCUCCAUCGAGAAGAAGGCACUGAAGGCCCUGCAGGAGAUGAGCUCAGCCGCCCCUGCCACCCCCCCUCAACCCCUCUCCCGCAAGGCCAAGAGCAUCCCAGUGCAGACCUUCGAGGUGAAGCUGGAUAUCACCCUGGGGGACCUGACCAAGAUUGGGAAGUCACAGAAGUACACAUUGAGUGUGGACGUGGAGGGGGGCAAACUAGUGGUGCUGAAGAAGCAGAAGGACUCCCAGGAGGACUGGAACACCUUCACCCAUGACAAGAUCCGGCAGUUGAUCAAGUCACAGCGGGUGCAGAACAAACUGGGCAUCGUUUUUGAGAAGGAGAAGGAUAAAACACAACGGAAAGACUUUGUUUUUGUCAGUGCCAGGAAGCGUGAGGCCUUCUGCCAGCUCCUGCAGCUGAUGAAGAACAAGCAUUCUCACCAGGAUGAGCCUGACAUGAUCUCUGUCUUCAUUGGCACCUGGAACAUGGGCAGCGUUCCUCCCCCCAAGAACAUCACCUCGUGGAUCACCUCCAAGGGGUUAGGCAAGACCCUGGACGAGGUGACAAUGGCCAUACCACAUGACAUCUACGUCUUCGGCACCCAGGAGAAUUCUCUGGGAGACAAGGAGUGGGUGGACUUCCUGCGCUCAGUGCUCAAGGACUUCACAGAGGUUGAGUACCGCCCGGUGGCCAUGCAGUCCCUGUGGAACAUCAAGGUGGUGGUGCUGGUGAAGCCAGAGCACGAGAACCGCAUCAGCCACGUCAGCACCUCCAGCGUCAAGACAGGAAUCGCCAACACCCUGGGGAACAAGGGCGCUGUGGGUGUCUCCUUCAUGUUCAAUGGCACCUCUUUUGGCUUUGUCAACUGCCACCUCACCUCUGGCAAUGAGAAGACGGCACGGAGAAACCAGAACUACCUGGACAUCCUGCGCCUGCUCUCACUGGGGGAUAAGCAGCUGAGCUCCUUUGACAUCUCCCUUCGCUUCACCCACCUCUUCUGGUUUGGGGACCUCAAUUACCGCCUAGACAUGGACAUCCAGGAGAUCCUCAACUACAUCAGCCGCAAGGAGCUGGAGCCACUGCUGAAGGUGGAUCAGCUCAAUCUGGAGAAGGAGAAGCACAAGGUGUUCCUGCGCUUUGGCGAGGAGGAGAUCACCUUCCCCCCAACUUACCGCUAUGAGCGGGGCUCCAGGGACACCUAUGUCUGGCACAAGCAGAAGCCCACAGGGGUGCGUACCAAUGUCCCAUCCUGGUGCGACCGCAUCCUCUGGAAGUCCUACCCUGAGACUCACAUCAACUGCAAUGCUUAUGGGUGCACAGAUGACAUUGUCACCAGUGACCACUCGCCCGUCUUCGGCUCCUUCGAAGUGGGAGUGACGUCCCAGUUUGUUUCCAAAAAAGGGCUCUCCAAGUCCUCAGAGCAGGCAUACAUCGAGUUUGAGAGCAUAGAGGCCAUCGUGAAGACGUCCAGUCGCACCAAGUUUUUCAUCGAGUUCUAUUCUACCUGCCUGGAAGAGUUCAAGAAGAGCUUUGAGAACGACAGCCAGAGCAGUGACAACAUCAACUUCCUCAAGGUGCAGUGGUCAUCCCGGCAGCUGCCCACGCUGAAGCCCAUCCUCUCCGAGAUUGAGUACCUGCAGGACCAGCACCUCUUGCUCACCGUCAAAUCCCUUGACGGUUACGAGUCCUAUGGGGAGUGUGUCAUUGCCCUGAAGUCGAUGAUUGGCAGCACAGCGCAGCAGUUCCUCACCUACCUGUCCCACCGCGGCGAGGAGACCGGCAACAUCCGCGGCUCCAUGAAGGUCCGGGUGCCCACGGAGCGCCUGGGCACCCGCGAGAGGCUCUAUGAGUGGAUCAGCAUCGAUAAGGAUGAGACGACAGCCAGCAAAGGGAAGGUGUCGCUAGCUGCCAGGGCCACCCAGGACAAUGCCAAGUCUGUGGGGAGGAAGCCCACCAGUGCUGAGCCCCCCAGCACCAUCCUGGCCAAGCUCCCGGAGGAGCCCGAGAAGAGCAGCAGCACAGCAGCACCGCGUGCCGCUGCCCCACACCGCAGCACCCCCAGGGAUGAGGCCCCCCCGAGCCGGUCCAAGGUGGAAGCAAUGCCAGAGCUGUCAGGGGGUCCCCUGAAGAACAGCUUCAACAACCCAGCGUACUAUGUGCUGGAGGGGGUCCCCCACCAGCUGCUGGUGCCGGGGGACCCCGGCAAGCCCCCCAAGGGCAAGGUGCAGCUGGCAGUGCCAGAGCGCUGCCAGUGCCCCUCGGCGUGCUGCGGUGGCGAGAGCGAUGAGGAGGAGGAGCUCGGCACCCUCAACCUGCCUCCGCCGGAUUUUCCCCCGCCGCCGCUGCCACGGGAGCUGGAGCUCCCCGCAAACACCUUCUUCAGCACCCCCAAGGAGCUGCCGGUGCCCACCGGGUGUGAGGACCCCAAACCCCACCCUGCUGCCUUUGGAGAGGCUCCCCUGCCCAAGCUGCACCCCCGGCCCCCCCCAGCAGCCAGGGCUGGGUUUGGGAUGGAGGGGGCUGGUGGGACCCCUGUUACCGGGGGGCUCCCUGCAGUUGGGGGGCUGCCCGCUCCUGGGGGCCUGCCGGCAGGGCUGCUGGAUGACCGCUCCUGCUCGGUGCUGCAGAUGGCCAAGACGCUGAGUGAAGUGGACUACGGGGGUGGGAAGGGCAGGGUGGUCCCCCCACCACCCCUACUGGCCAAGGGGGGGCUGCCUCCCCGCUGCCUGCACCCCGACUACGGCCGCCCCCUUGCCUUCCCUCCCCACUCCAUCCAGGAGAGCAUCCAGGAGGACCUGGCUGAGGAGGCGCUGGGCCGUGGUGCGGGCGCCGUGCCCGGCGUGGGCGAGUGGCUGCGGGCGCUGGGGCUGGAGCGGUACGAGGAGGGGCUGGUGCGCAAUGGCUGGGAUGACCUGGAGUUCCUCAGUGACAUCACAGAGGAGGACCUGGAGGAGGCUGGAGUGCUGGAGCCUGGCCACAAGCGUGUCCUUCUGGAGAGCCUCCAGCUCCGCAAGUAGCUGCCAGCACACAUCCAGCAUCCCGUGCAUCCCAUGGCCCAGCAUCCCAGAUCCUGCAGCCCUGCGUCUCAGACCUUGCAGCUGUGUGUCCUGCACCCCACACAUGCACAUCCUGGAUCCCAUGGCUGUGCACUCUGCAUCCUGCCACAUAUCCCGGAGCUGUGGCCCUGCGUCCUGCAGCUGAGCAUCCCAGAUCCCCCCGAUCCUGUGGCCGUGUGUCUGCAGGCCAGCAUCCUGUGGCCACAUACCCUGGGUCCCGUGGAUGUGCAUCCCAGAUCCUGCAGCCGUGCAUCCUGCAGCUGAGGAUCCUUCAUCCCACUGUCCCACAUCCUGCAUCUGUUCAUCCCAUCACCAGCAGCACGUGGGAGCCCCACGAGCUCCACAGCCCACCCCCCACCCUGGAUGCAGGGUAAUGGGGUGGGAAGGGGGAGUGGGGGCACGGGGGGUGGUGGGUCCUGGUCAGAUAAUUUCACAUGAGGAUCCCUACGGGGUACCCUCACAUUUUAAGUUAUUUUUUAUUUAUUGGGAGAAGGGAUGGAGGAAGAGGUGUUUGGGGGUAACCCUUGGGAUCCUGGCUCCCCCCAUGACCCCUCACAGCUAGGAGGAGGAGGCUCUGAGCAAAGUCGUGUCUUGACCCAAGUGCCUUCAUGAUGCCUGGGAUGGGAUGGGAUGGGAUGGGAUGGGAUGGGAUGGGAUGGGAUGGGAUGGGAUGGGAUGGGAUGGGAUGGGAUGGGCCCAGCCCCAUAGACAACACUAGACACAGCUCAGGGUCCCCAUUCCCAAAUCCAAGGAUCUUGUCCCCACCCUGAAGGUCCCAUCCCUACUGUAUGGGUUCCUAUCUCCACCCUGGGCAUCCCUGUCCCCACCCCAGGGCACCUGUUCCCCUGAGGGUCCCUGUCCCCAACAUGGAUGUCCCAUCCGCACCCAAGGGGUGCCUGUCACCAUCCCUGGGUGUCACAUCCCUUUGCUGUAGGUCCCUCUUCCAAUUCCAGAGGAUCCUAUCCCCACCCUGUACAUCAUAUCUGCACACAAGGGGUUCUACCCCACACUCUGAUGAUUCCCAUCCCUGCCCUGGAUGUGCUGUCCCCACCCCUGGGGGUUCCUAUCCUCACCCCAUUGGUCCCUGUCCCCAUCUCCAGGGGUUCCAUUUCUACCCCAGGUGUCCCUGUCACCAUUCCUGGGGGUCCCAUCCCCACCAUAGGGGUCCCUGUCCCUGCACUAGGGGUGCCUGUCCUCCAUCCCUGGGGAUCGUUUUCCCACCAUGGUGGUCCCACCCCCACCCUGAGGGUCCAUCCCACCCAGAGGUUCCGUCCCCAGGGGUCCUGUCUUCCCCAUACUGGGGAUUCCGUCCCCAGCCCCAGGAUUUCUGUCCCCAUCCCAACUCUGGGACUGCCUGUCCCCGUGCUGGGAGUCCCAUCCCCAGCCUGGGAAUCCUGCACAGCAGAGCCAGACCAGUGCCUUCCCCCAGAGCCUACCCCACACCACCAGUGCCUCCGGGGCAUCCCCCCCACUCCCCCCAGUUUGCCCAUUAGGUACUUGCUGGGUCUGUCCCCCCCCGGGGGUUUGUGUCGCCCUUGGGGACAGUGGGGCUGGCAGCCAGGUCUCCUUGUGGGUGCUCAGCCCCCAGCCUUGCCAAGUGUCCUUCCAGGAGGGUCCCCAGGGUGGGGAUCCCCAGGACAGGGGUCCCCCCGCUGUGCCUUCCCCACUGGGAUGUCCCCUCCAGGCUUUCCCUGUCCCCAGGGGGAUGGGGGUGAUGCUACCCCCAGCCCUCCCGACCCCCACUCCGGCUGAGAUGAAGGAUGGGCCAGGCACCCCUGGCAUCCCCCAACAUCCCCCCUCUGUUACUGGGCUGUUUGGUGUGAACUUCCCCCCACUAAACUCCCAGCUCCUGUGUUUGGAGGUGUUUGGUAAAUCUGGAGUCAUUUUUUGUCAUGUUCAUGCAAUGGGUGUGGUGCAGCUCUCAGUGUUGCAAGGUGGGGAAGGGUCUGGGGAGGGGUGCAAGAUGGGGAACUGGGGGGAAGAACUGAGUCCCAGCAUAAUCUAUGACCCCUCCAAGCUGGCUGUACUGGUCCCAGCAAGGGGGGACCAAGUCCCUUCUCCCUUUCUUGCCCAUCUUGGGUAUCUCAGACCACUCUCCCUCUAGCCUGGCAUGCUCCUUGUCACCAUCCCAAUGCCCCCCAAACCAUCAUCAUCAUCACCCCCCCCAAAAGGCCCCUAGAGGCCAUGGCGGCUGUGUGGGGCAUCCCUCUCCUCACCCCACUUGAGGGGGCUUUCCGUGGGGUGCCCCCUCAGCUUCCUGCAGCUGAUUGGGGUCUUUAAGUCAGGGGCACCCAAAAUAAUCCCUGAAGUGCUGGAGGUCUGUGGCAUCACCUGAGAGGUUGUGAUGGGGACUAUGCACCCUUUCCAACCCCCCACAACCCUUGGUGGGGUGGGGGGCGCAGCAAGGGGCGAGGGCCAGCAGCAGCGUCAAUAAAUUAAGUUUAAUUUGGA